AUGUUUACUCCCCAGAAGCAUCAAUGGCCGGGAUUAUCAAUCACUAUGAGGAGUGAAGUCGCGCCAGCACAGGAGAGGAGCACCCCGAACCCAACUGGGAAGGGGAAGGUCGUGGCGUAUAUUGAUGGCCCUGCAGCGCCACCCCGGCCCUUGGGGCUCUUGAGUGAGAGUGGAGAUAUAACCAUGGUGAAUGAUUUGGAAAAUAUGGAGGAUUGGAGGAGAUUUCAUGAGGCAAGGUUCUUGGAUGAGAUGGCUUUGGAGAGGCGCGACCGCGAGGCAUUGCUAGAGGGGAUUGCACGGUUAGAAAAAGAGGUCAGAAGGACAAAGAAAUAUGAUAAUUGGAAUUUUAUAUGUUAA